CCCAACUGAUGCUGCCAGACACAAUGCAGGGCAUCUAUUAACAUUGGGAGGAAGACACUCUUACGGAAUGGAUGAUCUGUGUGAGCUUCAGAGACCCCUGUUAGGAAAGCAGGUGAGUGGCAAACUGUUUAGUCAUGUACUGCCUGGCGGAGCCUCAGCCAAGGAGGGGCCCACAUCUCCCCAUGGCCUCACGCCAAUCUGCAACCAGCUGGUACCAGGCAGCUCUCCUGCCAGCACGGACUCCCAGUUGGUCCCACAGCUCUUGGACACAUGCUCACUGCAGAACACUGUCGAGUCUCUCUACUGUCCAAGCCUAACGCCGCAUGCAGAUCUGAGGGUCUGGGCUAGCUCGAAACACUGCACCGAGACCACUUUCACUGAGAAUGGACCUGGGGAGCAGAAGGUAGGAAAUUCGAAAGAGCCCAAGGUUCUGGAAUCGGAGGCUGGUCAGGCAAAAGUUCCGACUGUCUCAGUCGAUGUGGAGGACCUUCCAUAUCUGGACACACAGACCAAUUAUUACAACGAUGGGGACAGUGAUAGUGAUAGUGAUAGUGACAGCACACUCUCAUUCAACAUUCCCCAGGAUUAUCUGGGACUCGCUGUCUUCUCAAUGCUCUGUUGCUUCUGGCCAAUGGGAAUUGCUGCAUUUUAUUUAUCACAGAAGACCAGCAAAGCUACAGCCAAAGGAGACUAUCGGCAGGCCAGCUCUGCCUCCAGGAAAGCUCUGUGCACAGCCAUCUGCUCUAUUGCUCUUGGGGUCUGCACCUACAUCGGAGGCAUGGUGGCUCUGGUGAUAUACUUGGCAAAGAAUGGGCACUCGUAGUGCCAGAGCCUGGCAGGGUCUAGGCUCCACAGGAGCAGAGACUGAGAGAAGAGACUUGCUGGGCAGGUUCUGACUCCCACAGGGCUGUGAUACCAGACAACCCAUCAGGAGAACCAUCUACUAUCUCUCAAAAGGUAACCAACUCUUAGCUGCAAGGUCUGAAUGGAGCUCAAGCUGCUUUGUGGAACAUCUUGUUAGUGUCUCAGCCAUUUCGCUGAUCCAACAAUUGUUUUGAUCAACAAUAAAUGGAAGGUUUCAUCUUCAGGGAACCUAGACUAAAUCAGGGAUCAGAAUUCCCAUCAUGUUGUAUGUAUAUAAUUGUCUGUAACAGAGUUACAAAAAUCUGGUUGUGGUUUCAAGCCCAAGUUCACACCCAAUGCCAUUCCUGACAGCAUGCUGCACUGUUGGACCUGUCACCUUCUGAAUGAGAUAUUUAACUAAUAGCCAUUCUCAGAUGGUUGUAACAGCUAUCAUAGCACUCUUAAGGGCAAAGGAGUUCACCUCAAUUGUACUGACUAAUAUUUAUGUAUCAACUACCAGUCAAAAACCGGUAAUUUGGUCAUUGUCACAUGGGAGCUUGCUGUAUGCAAAUAGGUUACUAUAUUUCCUACAUUACCACAGUGGCUAUUGCAAAGCAAAUGAGUAUAAAUAUAGGGAGAUCUUGCUAAUGCCAUACAAUACUCUAGUUAGAACCUACCUGCAAUACUGUGUUAAAGAUUCCAACACUUGCAAAAUAUCGGCAGCCAAAGUAAAACAUUCCUUGGAAUAGAGUGCAACUCCCAUUGCAACUAAGAGCAUUGAAAGCUAUCCCACAGAUUCAGUGCACUCUUUCUAAAGCUCCACAUCGAGGGCUCAAAUUAUUUUCUCCUCCCCCAGUGCCAGAAAUGCGUACAUUAACUGCAGUGAAGAUUAUAACACUCUGCUGCUGCUAAUCACUUGGAAUAGACUGCAGCAACUAAGAUAAGUGCAAGAGCGAAAAGCUUUUAGGUUUCAAGGUGGGAUUAUAGUAUUUGACAGAGAAGGGAAUAAAGAAUGGAGCAAUUUACGUUUGAAUAAACACUAGAUUCACUGAAAGCGUUUUAAAAUGAGAAAUGUGACAUCAACUAUAUUCACCAGCAUAAUAUUACACAAAUUUUUUUGGAAAAUUCAUUCCAGAGAUGUGGGUGUCAUUAGCAAGGUCGAUAUUUAUGGCUCAUCCCUAGUUACUGUUGAGUAGGUGAUGAUGAUGAUGGUUUCUUUCUUAAAGCUUUUUUGUCUUUUGUGAAAGCAAGUCCCUGCGAUAUUGGGGUGGAGUGUUAGGAUUUGGAUCUAGCAACAAAGGAGGUACUUAAUGUUACCUUGUCCAAAUUGGGGUGGAGUGACAGUUGUGGUGUUUUCACUGACCAUGCCGACCUGAUAUCCUCAAUAAAUUUAACAGUGUUUGCCAGCAUUUGACCCAUGUCCCUCUCAACCUUUCC